GCACUUGUGGGGGUGAGCUGCCACCGAGGCGCUGCACCGUCCACCCAGACAGUGCGCUGGCAAAAUGGACCAGGAAACCCUGGGAAGCAUUGUCCUGCUCGCCAUCGUCACCUUGAUAAGCGUUGUCCAGAACGCUUUUUUUGCUAGCAAAGUGAAGUAUGAAAGCAAACACUGCGAUGGCAAGGGGUUCCAGCGGCAAGGAUCCUCUGCCUUCGACCGUGUCUACACUGCCAACCAGAACUGCGGACACUCGUACCCAACGUUUCUGGCCGUGCUUUGGUGCGCUGGCCUUCUCUGCAGCCAAGCUCCUGCCGCCUUUGCUGGACUGAUGUACUUGUUUGUGAGGCAGAAGUACUUUGUGGGCUACCUCGGAGAGAGAACUCAGAGCACUCCUGGUUACUUGUUUGGAAAACGCAUCAUUUUGUUCCUGUUCCUCAUGUCUGUCGCUGGAAUACUCAACUACUAUCUCAUCUUCUUUUUCGGAAGUGACUUUGAAAUGUACAUAAAAACGAUGACCAGCGCAAUCUCUCCGUUGCUGCUCAUCCCCUAGCUCGCUGCAGCACUGAGAGGGUCAGCGUGCUGAAUGUAUCAAUACCCAGAAACAGCCAUAAUUCAACUGCUUAAGAAAUGAACCUCUAACCCUUUUAGAUCACUGUAAAUCUCAUGCUUGAUGGGCUUUGUGCUUUGAUUUA